UCGAGUGAAAGAAACAGUGAAUUCCGAAAAAGGGGGAAAUCUAGUCUUCUUGCCAACAAGAAUGUUUCUGGUCCUAAGUUGUCUCAAUAUACCAGCAGGAAGAACUCGGCAAAAUCUGUUAAAAUCUAUCUAUCUGUGAGCAGUGCACUCCCAGUUACUAUCUUCUACCAAAACCAGAGAACAAAACUUGAUGCAGAAGUAUUGAAUGACCAUUGGAAAUGUGUUGCUUCAAGUACUAAGGAUUAUUCUUCUAUACACAUAAGCAAAAAUAGUUACGAAAUGAACUUGCUUGAAUGUGAAGAUGACAGGAUUGAACUUGACGUGUGUUUAGAGACUGCAAAAUCGACAACUAAGCAAGUUGAAGAGCUCAUAGAAAAGAUUAAUACCAAUAUGAUUGAAAGACACAAUCCAAUUAAUAUUGAGAAGCACUUAAGAGCUCAAAAUCUUAGGUGGAUUGAGCAGUUAUAUGGCGACCAUGGGAUUGAUGUGCUGGAUGUAUUAAGGAAGAAUGCAUCUCGAGUUUUGCCAGUCAUUUUAACCAGGUUGAAGCAGAAACAGGAAGAAUGGGCAAGAUGUGGUGCUGAUUUAAAUAAACUUUGGGCUGAAGUAUAUGCUAAAAACUAUCAUAAAUCACUUAAUCAUCGUGUUCCUUCUACUAGGAACCAAGAGCUUUAGUACUUGGGUUAUGAUUGUUUAUGCUUAAUUUUUUUUUCUAAGUAACUCUUAUUUUUCAAUUAUGAAAAAACAAAUUUUUUCCAGAUUGUUGCUUUUUUGUAAAAAAA